UGAAGCAGUUGUGAUCUGCGAUGGAGGCCGAUGUUUCGAAAGAGCUUGCAUGCCCAUCGAACGACACAUGAGGGCAGCAUUCAACAACAUAAACACGCGACUGUACGGCGCUGUCUUCCGAGUGGCUGAAACUGUACCUGUUGUUACCUUUGCCCCUUUCUUAUUACUGUGUGUUUUUGGUCCAACGUAAUAACACCAAAAUGGAUGAGAAGCAGGGACCAACUUCUGAUGAUGUCCCAACUGGGGAGGUAACGUCAACCACAGUUACAGAGGGUGAUGUUGUCAAGAUGCCAACAGAUGUGGCCAUCACUAUGGAUGCUAUUCCCAAUGAAGAUGAGGAGGACAAAUCCAAAGAUCUGUUGGAAAAGGAAGACCUGGGGACGCGCAUCGGCAAAUUAUCAACUCACAUUGAUGAGAUCAAGGGUGAAAUCUACCACGCCGUACACAAGAAGUAUGCCAACUACAGACCCACCAGGGACUCCACCCAGGAGCUACACAACAAGGUGCAGACACUGUCCACUGAGAUGCAGACUCUCAGCAAUAAGAUCAAGGUAUGUCAUAGUCUUAAGGCCCUAGUAACACAUUCACGGUUGGACCUACGAAUAUCCACGGUUUACCAAGAAUCAAUUGAUCACAAUGAACCGUCAAGACUCGUGGAGAAAUUGACUUUCUAAGAAUGCACUAGGGUU